UUUCUCUUCAACUAGGGUUAAUUCCAGAUUCUUGGAAAUGACAAGACAGAGGAUAGAAAUAAAGAAGAUCGAUAACAUAACUGCGAGGCAAGUGACAUUUUCAAAGAGAAGGAGAGGGCUAUUCAAGAAGGCUCUAGAACUCUCGACUCUCUGUGAUGCUGAGAUUGCUCUCAUAGUCUUUUCUUCCACUGGGAAGCUCUUCGAAUAUGCUAGCUCAAGUGUGCCGCAGGUUAUUGAAAGAUAUGAUCAGCACUCACAAAUUGAGAGAUUAUAUCAUUCAUCUGUUUUGAUUGUUCUUGUUGAAUUGGACACUUUCAGCAAGCUCAGCAAGGAAGAAGCCAAUAGGGCUCAGGAACUGAAGCAGUUGAAGGGAGAAGAGCUUGAAGGAUUGAACAUAAAUGAAUUACAGAAGCUUGAAGAGCAAUUAGAAAAAGGUUUGAAACGUGUUGUCGGAGCAAAGGAUGACAUAAUGUUGAAAGAGAUCGAUGCGCUCAAGAGAAAGAUCCAAUUGGUGGAAGAGAAUCAGCGAUUAAAUCAGUGA